GUUUUUGGCUACUUAGUGACUGCGCAAGUGUGGAGCUGCAACCAGGGUGGAGACGCGAGGAGGAUUUUAGUGCGUUUUGAAAGCGCUCGGGUUUCUAAAAGCAUUUCCCGAGUUUGCGGUGCAUCUUUGGGCGGAGGCCUGGACUGUCCACGUGGAAGCGGUGCGAUUUGCUGGCUCCGACAAUAAGCCGUGCAGGUGUCCUGCGCCCCGCCCUGCACUUUGCGGACUGCUUGCGGGACCGCGGCCUCGGUAGGAAUGCUAAACUAAAUAAGGGUAGUAACAAGUCCCACAAUUCAAUGACUGACAUGGAAAAGGAACCGAAAAUGUCUUUCAAUGAGAUUAUAAAAUUGGGCAGCAAACAUAAAGAAGAGGCUUUAGAAGAGAAAUAUAUUCACAGAGUGGACAAGAGUCAUCCAUUGGACAGUGUGCUUUCUGAAGAGGAAACUGGGAAGCAAAAGUCUGUCUGCGUUAAGGAGGAGCAGAAUGAGCAAGAACUUGGUAACUACGAGGAAACAUUUAACUCUUACUCCAUUAUCAUUAAACAAGAGAGUUGUGAGCAGGAGUAUUCCCCAUCUGGGCAGGAAGUGUGUGAAGAAAAGUAUACAUUAAUUAAGGAAGAUCAGCAAAAUAUCAUAAUUAAAGAAGAACUCAGUGAUGAGCAGUGGACACAAACAACACAACACUUCUCUGAAUUACAGUGUGUCAGAAUUAAAGAGGUCUGCGAGCAGAACAGUGUCCACAUUAAAAAAGAGGAAUCUGAGCAAGGGUUUACCUCUGUUCAGCAGCUCAAUAAACCAGUAGCAGAAUGCAAAUGGCCUGAAGUGCAUGAAGUUGUAAAUUUAGGGUCCUCUCCAGCACAAGCAGGGUUUGCAAAGCAUUGUGGUGCUGGGUCUCCACAACCUGAGAAUAUGUUGUCUGAGGAGGACACAUCCAAGAAUGAAGACCAAGAAUCGGUCAGACAAAAGGGAAACACUUAUGCAAUGGAGAAAUCUGGCCCGUCUUGGUCUUCACUAGGCUAUGCCUAUCUCCAUGGUAAACUCCAGCAGAGAUUGCAAGAGAUCUCCGCACUAAAUGCAAGUGUUUCUUUAGGGCCUGUGAGCAUGGAAAACCCUUCUUUACAGUGGCGGCCUCUGCCAGUGGAUAAGAUUAUGAGUUUAUACGCUGUUACUCCUCAGCGCAUCCAGACUACUGCCAUUCUUCAUUUCUGCCAUGUCUGUGGGAAGGGGUUUAAACAAAGGUCACACUGUGAUCAUCAUCAGCGAAUUCACACAGAUGAGAAGCCAUAUUCUUGUGUUGAGUGUGGAAAGAGAUUUCGAUGGAAGUGUGAUCUUCAGACUCACAAGAGGAUUCAUACUGGAGAAAAGCCAUACUGGUGUUCUGAAUGUGGUAAGCGAUUCACUAGGUUAAGUCAUCUGCAGAGUCACAAAACUACACAUACAGGAGAAAAGCCAUAUUGUUGUAUAGAAUGUGGCAAGUUGUUCACGGAUAGAUUGAAGCUUCAUAAGCACAAGAGAAUACACAAUGGAAUUAAAUCUCAUUGCUGUACAGAAUGUGGCAAGGCAUUCAAAAGUGCAAGUCACCUUAUGAUUCACAAGAGAAUUCACACUGGAGAAAAACCGUAUUCUUGUUCUGAAUGUGGCAAGAGAUUCAAAAGUGGCAGCCAUCUUCAAACGCACAAGAGAAUUCAUAGUGGAGAAAAACCAUAUACCUGUACAGAAUGUGGAAAAGGAUUCUUAGGGAAAAGUCCUCUUCAGAGACAUAAGAAAAUUCACACUGGAGAAAAGCCAUACUUUUGCACUGAGUGUGGCAAAAGAUUCACGCAAAAUUGUAGUCUACAGACACAUAUGAGAAUCCACACUGGAGAAAAGCCAUAUUGCUGUGCUCAGUGUGGAAAAACGUUCUCUGUUAAGUAUCGUCUUCAGAAACAUGAGAGGGUUCACACAGGGGAGAAGCCCUAUUGUUGUACUGAUUGUGGCAAAAGAUUCACAGAGAAAGGUCACCUUAAGGUACAUGCAAAGGUUCAUGCUGGACAAAGAAGCUCCCUUGUGUUGGAGACUUGAAUAUGUUUAACAAUUUUAGGCAGCGCUUGGGUUAAUUAAAAUAUAUAUGAUACAGUAAACUGGACAGCUACCAUAAAUUUUUAUUUAAAAGGUAGUCAGAAGAGCUACUAUGGCCAUCCAAAGAAAUAUUCAGGCUUACCAUGAAGGCCUUUCGUGAUAUAAGGAAAGAAAAAGGCAUUUCACCCCAAUAUACUUUGUUCAAUUAAGUGUAGGAAUUGCCCACGUAUGAAGAAACCGCUACUAUACUGUAGCACAGCAGGACCUCUGCUGCACUUCUGCAGAUGGACCUAGGCUAAGACGGCUGAAGGUUAAUGUAGCUAAAUACAAUGUUUUAAAUAUAGGAUGUGAGAUAUAAAGAUAGGGGCAGGGAUUGUUUCUAGAAAUUAUAUUUGGAAGACGCACUGAACCCAUUACUAUCCAGGAUCAAUAGAAAGUGGAAGGACUAAUGAAGUACCUUGUGAAACAGGUUGUAUAGCUUGCUGUGUAAAGAACAAGUCAAUACAAAUUGUGCAUCUCUGAGUUCACAUCAGAAAUCCUAUGUAGUUUUGGUCUUUUCACUACAAGGAUGUAAAAAUGCAAAAAAAAAAAAAAUGCAGAAGUGCGAGACUUAAUUCCAUAAUUAUAGGGUGGAUCGGAGAUAUCAAAAGAAAUGGGAGAGUUGAAUUCAACACAACUAUCCACCAACAAGCAGCAGGCAUAUUAUAUUUAUAAUUGUGAAAGAAUAUGGAAAAAUAACUUUGCUAGUUGUUAGCUUAUAAUUAUUUAUUUAACAAGGAUGUAAGGAGAAAAAGCAUCAGAGAAAAUAACUAGCUAUGUGGAGCAAUUUACUGAAUAGUGUAACUUGGAGUGGUAGUUUAGGGUCUUUUGGAUCUCAAAAAAUAUUUAGAAUGCCCUCUGCAAAUAGGAAUUGGUGAGUUUUCUUGGAAUGAAUACCUUAGCACUCAUCAAAAUGUGUGUUAUUAACUUUGCAUAUGUGCAAAACGUGCUCAAAGUGAUCAGGCACAAGCAACUCUGAAUAAGCAGCAGACUACCCAAGUGCAGUUUUUUUCUGCUAAAAUGGCAUACUGCUGCUCUUGAAGUUCUUCUGCGUAGUUGUUACUGGAAUCUGCUACAAUGCUAAUGGGAUGAUGUCACAUUCUACUCUCAUCCCUGCUCACUCUGACUUGCUAACAUGACAAGCCCUCCAUUGCUCCAGAUGUACCUGUCAGAAGGACAACAAUGAGAUAUGGAGGAACCAACCAAUCUGAAAAAGUAAAUUACACUAUAAAGUUUUAUUACUUCCUUCAUGUUAAAGUUUGGGAGAUAAAUUAGCAGCUGACUUUCUAAUUAAAUGAAAUGGACUAAAGACUUAAAAUUAGUGGAAAUCACCAGAAAGUAUCCACUGCUGUGACUGCUCUGCCCAUUGUUUUUUCCUUAGGCUUGUCUCUAUUCAAGAGUUUUUUAUACAUUUCUUUUGAAGUUUUUAAUUACUGCCUAUCCUGUUUUGGUAAAUGCUGUAUUCUUCUAAAUCACACCACUUCCGUCUGUUUUCUUUAUGACAUGCUCUGUCCUUAACGGUGAAUGAUGUCGGAGCCUAUCCUAGCAGAAUUACAUCAUAGUUGGUGAGCACUCUGGUGUACCAUGCAGCAUGUUUAUUUUAUCAUUGCCAUUGGGAGCUAGAAGGCUGCCUGUGCAUAGAUGUCCAUUUUAUAGUUCGAUUACUGCCACCACCACCACUCUUCAUUUCCUUAUGUCUACAAUAGAUAGUCCUAAUAGGGAUUUAGUACAUUGAAAACUUUUUGAAAUCUUGGUGCUGCAGCUCAUUCUGUAUAUCUACACAGAUGUUCAAUAUGUUUCUAUACCACACAUUUCAUCCGCUCAUCUAGGGAGAGUUGUAUUUAUGUGUUUAUACAGUAGGCUGUUCUGAUUCUAAAACUGCAGAUGUAUAGUUUGUAAGUUUAUACAUACCUUGGUGUAAUUAUGGAGAAGGUAGACAUAAUGGCAUGGUUCAGUUGUCCAUAACUCUGCAUUUAAUUAUUGUUACAUGUAAUAAAAUUACCCAUAAUGCAUCAGGCAGGUCUUAACAAACCAUACAUUAGCAAGGAUAAAAUGUACACAUUUAUUAGCUGUCAUUUUGUAAUAUUGUAAGAUGUUCUACUCUUAAUAGUUGGUUUUCUUGAUCAGUGUACUUUUAUUAAAAACUUUGUAGCUGG